CCCCACGUUAAUGGGUCUCUAUUUAAAGGAAGAGGGAUCGGGCUUCGCAUCUCAUCGCAUCCCUAGCAAUAGACGUUCUUCCAGUCCACACGCCGUCGCCGUCGCCGUCGUCUUUUGCUUGAGAUCAUGGGCACACAAAAUGGGACCAAUGGAACCCAGAGAAGCUUAAUUCCACAGCUGAAUCAAAGAAUCCUAUCAUCACUAUCAAAGCGAUCUGUAGCUGCACAUCCAUGGCAUGAUCUUGAAAUAGGUCCUGCGGCUCCUGCGAUAUUCAAUGUUGUUGUCGAGAUAUCAAAAGGGAGUAAAGUGAAAUAUGAACUUGACAAGAAGACAGGAUUGAUUACGGUUGAUCGGGUCUUGUACUCAUCUGUUGUCUAUCCUCAGAACUACGGUUUUGUUCCUCGCACACUAUGUGAAGACAAUGAUCCUAUUGAUGUUCUGGUUCUUAUGCAGGAACCAGUUAUUCCAGGCUGCUUCCUUCGUGCCAAGGCCAUUGGACUUAUGCCUAUGAUUGAUCAGGGGGAGAAAGAUGAUAAGAUCAUUGCAGUUUGUGCUGACGAUCCUGAAUACCGUCACUACAAUGAUAUUUCUGAGCUGCCUCCUCAUAGACUCGCAGAGAUCCGACGCUUUUUUGAAGACUAUAAAAAGAAUGAGAAUAAAGAGGUUGCCGUGGAUGAUUUCUUGCCUGCGAAGAGCGCUCGUGAAGCCGUCCAGCACUCAAUGGAUCUCUAUGCUGAAUACAUCUUGCAAACCUUGAGGCGAUGAAUUAAUGAAAACCAACAACAUGCCAGUAUCGAAUGAGUGGCAACAGAGAUAUUGCAACACUAUUUAUCAUUCAGAAGUUUAUGAUGUUUUUUGCAUUUAUCAUUUCACUUGUAGCAUGAUUGGAUUGUUAAUUGAAGCAUUGCAAAGAAUUGCAGCAGCCUA